CGGCGUCUUUCUGAAUUUGAAUUGUCUUCCGUUCUGCUCCAGUGAAACUUGUGCUGUUUUAUACAGUUUAUUCCGAAAAUAUUCCUAGAUACGCGUGUAAUAGUACUCGUAAAGACUUUCUGAUAAGAUCAAACUUAGAUCGUGUUUGUAAUUGUUAUAGCAGUGAUUACAAAUCUGGUAUCAGUGGUGAAGCCAUACAAAAGUUUGCCAGUAUGCCAUACAAAUUAAAUAAAUGGAAACGCCCGAAAGGAUACUAUGCAAAGGUGCAUGAGAAAAGGAAGCUAUCUAAACAGUUAAAGGCAGAGGAACAUACUAGUACCUGCAUUUCCAACAUAUCAGAUCUACAGAAACAUGUUGGUCUUGUGACAUUGCCAUCUAAUUGGUCUGUUCUAAAGUCGCCAACAGAAAUCAGAUUCAGCCAGAUAGAGUUUAUCGGGGAUGAGUCAACAGUUUCCAGAUGCGUUAUGGUGGGGGAAGAUUUAACAUGGCAAGUGAAGCUUCAUGGGCGAUACAUCCCCAAAAACCAUUCCAUCUUUGAAGGCAUAUCUUCUGCAGUUACUGAUGUUGACAUGGUCACAACUCUUAUUAGUGAGGCUGUGAAAUGCAAGAUGUGCCCAGGAAACUUUGAUCAAUCAUAUAUUGAUCUAGUUCGAGGUAAAGGUGGGGAAAUUGUGAAGGCCACUUCCUUGUCAGGGGAGAAAACCAGUUCAGACAGUAAAGUGAACCUUAGAUUCCUUAGUCCCACAGAACUGAGGGAAAGAGCAUCGAAUCUACAGAAAGAGAAGAUGACUUUAAAGCGGUCCUUGAGCAGAACUGUGAAACAACUUGUUUCAUCUGAAGGGAUUGCAAUUGAUGGGACAUUACAGAGCGACUUUAAAGCUAUAAUGGAGGAAAACAAUCAUGAUGUGCAGAAAGUGUGCAGGAGUUCCGGUUUCGUGAAACUGCCUAGUCAAAGAACUUUAACAGACUACUCAAAUUACAUUAAGCCCAAACCAGGAAUUAGUCAACCAGUGUUGAAGGAACUUAUUUCAGAAAUUGAGUGUCUUGGGUCAUCAGAGUCAAAUAAAUAUGUAGUACUACUUCAUGAUGAAAUGAAGGUUAAGCAAGAUCUCGUCUAUGAUAAGAACACUGGGGAACUGAUUGGCUUCACCAACUUGGGUGAUAUAAAUGAGGAGCUGAUGAAGCUAGAGAAUGGCUGUCACAUAGAGAAGAAUAAAGGUCUAGGACUUGCCAGUCAUGUCUUGGUGCUAAUGGUAAGAGGAUUAGCAUCUAGUUUACAAAUGAGCCUGGGCUACUUUCCCACUGUUGGUUGCAAGUCUGACAAUUUGUAUCCAAUAAUAUGGGAUACGAUCACCUGA